GAUUUCUUUUAAAGUGGCAGGAAGAACACAACUCUUAGCCAGGAUUUGAGAAUGAAAAGACUAAGAAAAACAGACCAAAAUGAAGGAGUGGGUGGAGGGCGGUGUGGAGCGAGUGAAAUAUAUAAAACAGACUCCUCUUUUGGGCUUAUCCAAGGACCACUGAAGAGACUGCAGAGAUAGAACUCUCUGUUCAGAAUGAGCUGCUGGGAAGCUAAAUGGAGGUCUCUUUUCUUGGUUCUUCUACCUUUCUGUCUACAGGGAAUCUAUUUGCAGAAAACCGAUGAAGUAGGACAAAGAAAACCAUUUUUUGAGAGGCUCAGAAGACUAGAAGAACAGUUUAGGAGAUUUCAAGAGGUGACCCUUAUACGUCUCCAGGGGAUCGCAGAAAACUACAAUGUUUCCUAUAACAUCAACGCCAGAUUCCAGAACCUGACAGACGAAUAUCAUAUCAUGGGUUUGUCUGUCAAUGAGUCUCAGGCAGCAAUGCAAAUGGAUCUGAACCACUUGAAGACCUGGAUAAAGAAGUUUCAGAGAAGAUCUAGGAAGGUGGACUCUAAGCUUCUGGCCUUUGAAAGAUCUUUAAGUGAAAAGAGUAAGCAGAGCUCCCAGGAGAAGAAGGAACAGCAGGGGCACGACACACGUCUUGCCAACCUCACUGGAACCAUCUCACAGGAUAUUAGUGCCCUUCAGACUAGUCAAAUUCAUGUGCAGACAGAAAUGGAGAAACUCCAGAAUAUGAUUCAUGGCCAGGGGGCCAAACUGAAGGUGGUAGAAGAGCAGCUACAGGCAGCCUUGCAACGUGCAGCCUUCUCCCCAAGCUCAGUCACCACUGUGCCCCUCCUGCCUCAACCUCUAAUGGAAAAGAAGCAGCCAGGCCAGCAGAUGCUUCAUACCAAGCACAAGCACAGAAAAAAACUGGAGCAGGACAGGCUGGAGCUAGGAGCCCAAACAGAAACCCAGGAACUGUUUCAGAAUUUGAGGAGAUCUCCCCUGGGACAGAAGAGACCAAACGCACCAUCUGGCAGACAAACACUUUCCAGGGCAGAUGAGAGUCUGAAGGAGCCACAGCAAUCCCAGGCUUCCCAAAAGACAGCAGAAAUUUGCAAUGUAGGAUCCAUGCUUGUUUUCCCCAACUCUUCGACUGAGAACGUGGUCACCUUCCGCCCUGGUUUCCGUACUGGGCUCCGGGAACUUUCUCUCUGUACCUGGGUCCGCACAGCCUCCAGCUACCUGGGUACCCUUCUCUCCUACGCCACGGAGGAGAACGACAACAAGCUGGUGCUGCACGGUAGGGACUCGCUGGUCUACGGCUCUAUCCACUUCGUGAUAGGAGACCCUGCCUUUCGGGAGCUGCCGGUGGAAAUGCUUCUAGACGCCAGGUGGCACCAUAUGUGUGUGAUAUGGUCUUCCGACCAAGGGAAAUACUGGUUCUAUGUGGAUCGAAGGCUGGUGGCCACCGGCUCCAGGUUCAGGGAGGGCUACGAAAUCCCUCCUGGAGGAACUCUGGUGCUGGGGCAGGAGCAGGAUACGGUGGGGGGAGGAUUUGACAGCUCGGAAGCCUUUGUGGGAAGCCUGGCAGGCCUGGCUCUAUGGGACCGGGUCCUGUCGCCUGGGGAGGUCUCAAGCAUUGCCACUGGAAAGAUGCUCCCUACCGGCAUUCUUUUGACCCUAGCCAAUGCCUCCUCUUUGGAUGGAUUUGUGCAGAAGGUAAUUUGUACCUGCCUGGAACACUGCUCAUAAAAUAGCCAACUCAAACCUGCCAUCGACUGUGCCUUCCUUUCCCACCAUGGCUUUUCCACCUCCAGUCUAAAUCAGUAAUCAUCUAUGGUACUCCUACGGUGUGCCAAGCACUGUGCUGGGUACUGCAGACUAAGCAACGAAAAGGAAAGCUAUUUUGACCUGAUGUGUAAACAGCUGAGUUAUACACAUGAUCAUUCUGAGAUGAGACUUUCUCCAGUUUCUUAUGUAUUUAAUUUAAGCCAGCACACUCAAAUACCUUGCUAACCUGCUCAAAGGGGGCAUGGGAAGACUUGGGAGAAAAGGGUAAAACCUCCUCCCACCUUUCCACAAAGGGAAUGAUAACUCUCACCCAGAAAGAUGGUUCUCAUCAGGGCAGAAGGCAUUUCCAUUAUGCUAAAAAUGAGGACAGUGGCAUUUAUUGCCAUGCUUUUUUGGUUUGCAAAUAUUUUACAAAUAUGAUCUAAUGAUCAUUAUGAUUCUAAUCAUUAGAUCUAGUGAUCUAAUGAUUUAAUUUUCACGAGACCCCUGGGAAGUAGGUACUGCAGGAUUAUCAUUUUCAUUUUAUCUAUGAGGAACCGAGGCUCAGAGAGAUUAAAUGACUUGCUUAUGGUUAUAUGUAUAAUAAAUCUGGAAGUCAGAAUUUGAACUCAAGCCUUCUGGAUUACAAUUUGGAACUACUGUAGUGCAAACUACAAUUUGAAUACUUUAUCCACCACCUUGGACUAAAUUGUCUCUCUUUAAAACAACAACAACAACUUAUUUUUUAAACUCUAAGGCAGAAGAGAGAUAAGGGCUAGUCAGUUGGGGUUAAAUGAUUUGUCCAGAGUCCCACAGCUAGAAAGUAUAUGAGGUCAAAUUGGAACCCAGGACCUCUUGCUGCAGACCUGGCUCUCUAUCCACUGAGCCACCUACCUGACCCUACACUCUCUUCAGGUACUUAGCAUUAAAACACACACACACACACACACACACACACACACACACACACACACACACACUACAACAAACAACUGGUCAAUGUGUUCAUUUGAUAAUAACAGAUAAUAUUGUUAUAGUAAUACCUGGUCCAGUCAACCCAAAGGGCUGGUCCGUAGACAGCCCUGUUUCACUUAGAAUAACCUGAGCUCUUUUGGGGGUAAGGACUAAUUUCUUUUUCUUUUCUAUUCCCAACUGAGUACAGUGUUCAGUACAUAGGGAGCACUUGAUAAAUGCAUAUUGAACCAAAUUUAAUUGAACACAAAUUUGCAUUGUUCAAGAGACCUCCAAAUUCUACUCAAAACUGAAAAUAAUGGGCUGUCAACAGCCUUCCUGGAGUCUGAUUUAGGAAAAAUGCUAUUUGAGGGAUUUCAUGACAAAUGGUCAUUGUCCUGACAUUUUCCAUGCAGUGUGACAGCUACUUCCUAGAAUUACUAGCUCAUGGCCCCAUUGGGUCCAGGGCCAAGGGCUUUCUCUGAAUGGCAUCAAGCCAAGUCCUGAUCAAACGUAGCUGUGUCAACUUGGGAGGCCCAACAUGUAUUCAGUCCAAAAUAUCAGAAAAUUCUAGAAACAUGGAAUAAUGUUGUGGGGUACAGAGGUGAACCCCUGGGGUUUUUAGGAAGGGUACCUUUUGCAAGAAUGCAAGGCUCCAAAGCUUAGCUUAAAAAUAAGAGAAUUUUAUUAAUUUAGAAAGUAAUGUUGAGAGUGGCCAGGAGGAUAGCAAGGUGGAACAGCAAGAUGGGGAACCGUUCCUUGGGAGGACAGCAUGGAUGGAAAAGCUGUUCCCCCCCCCCCCCCGCCAUGACACGAAUUCUGGGGAUUUUAUACUCUUUACAACAGUAUAGAUGUGAUGCUGUGUCAUGAUGACUCUAGAGUGGUAAACACUCAUUCAGUGGGGGUUUGGUCAUCUGACCAGGUCUACCUAGAGACAGAGGGGGUGGCCUCAUAGUUAAGGGGACAGAUGGAUGUCUGAGAUACAAUUUGAUGAUAUCUAGGAGGUAUGCCUCUUUGGCCAUCCAAAGGAUGAUCCCAGGAAGAUAAUCCUCUCAGGAUCUUAUAGGAGUUAUCAUGUUUUGGGCAAUGAAAGAAGGAAGCAAAGGAAUUUCCCUGCUAACAGUUUGCCUGAAACACUUUUAUACUUUUAGGGGUACAAUGCCCAUGCCGAACCCACCCUACAGCUUCAGAGAGGCCUCUAGAUCAUCUAAUCCAGCCAAGUUUGUUCUCUACAUUCCUCAAUUUUCUACGUUAUAAUAAGAAAAAAACUAAAGGCAUAUUGACAUAAUGAUAGGUUGUUUGUUUUUUUCAGGGACCUAUUUUAAAGAAGGUUUUUAAAAAAGAAAAAGAAGCAAAUCCAAACACUCAAAUUUACUAAGUCAAUUAAAAGACAAACAUGUCCAAUCUCCUUUCUUUUUUCUUUUUCUUUUUUCUAAAGUUUGUGAGAGAUUUCUCUCAAAAGAAAUUUCCCCUUAUGACACAGAUUUCCAAAGAAAUAAUGAAAAGGCAAGACUUCAAGGAUCAAAAAGUAAAUUAGAUGGAUUACAGUGAAAACGAAGGGCUCAAUGGCCUCCUUCAGGGUCACAAAUAAGAAAGACUUUUUAAAAAAGACAUUAAGAAACUCUUGGCCCUUCUGGCAGAGGAAGUUAGAAUCAAUAGUCAGAACUGGAGGAAGGGAUCUAGAAGGUCAUCUAUGUUUGUUCAAUUAAACUGGUAUCAAGUCCCAAGUCUUUUUUUUUUUUAAUUUUCUGCUUUUUCUUUUUUUGAUGUGGUUACAUGAUUUAUGUUUUCUCCCUCCCCUUUUCCCUCCCCACUCCAGGAACUAAUUCCACUGGGUUAUACAUGUAUUAUCACUCAAAACGCAUUUCCAUAUUGUUCAUUUUUGUAUUUAGAGUAAUCUUUUAAAACCAAAACCCCAAGUCACAUACCCACAUAAACAAGUGAUAAAUCACAUGUUUUCUUCUGCAUUUCUACUCUCACAGUUCUUUCUCUAGAUGUGAAUAGCAUUCUUUGUCAUAAGAACCUCAGAUUUGUCCUGAAUCCCCAAGUCUUUUUACUACAUAUUCUCUUUGUUACACUCAUCUGGCUUCCUUUAAUUAAAAAGAAGAAAACUGUUCCAGUUCUAAUCAUCUCAUACCAGCCUCUACACCCACCCAUACAUAUAUACACAGACAUAUUUUCAUACGUACACAGAGUUAGCCUGCUCUAACACUUAGCAGUGAAGAAGGUCAUCAUAAGCCGCUUGUCCUCUCUGGACCUCAGUUUGCUCCUCUGUAAAAUGAAGUGGUUGGUUUCUAAGAUCCCUUUCUAUUCUAGAUCUAUGACUCUGUGACCCAGGGAAGGUAGUUGCCUCUCAUACUUCCUUGUUCUUACCAUUGUUUCCUGAUUAAUAUUUCCCUUUUAAUGGGAAUAUAUUCCAUUAACUGGUUUUAUGAAUCGCCAGUGUUUUCUCCAUUUUCCCUUCUUAGAUAAAGGUCCAUUUUCCCAAAAAUGUAAAUAUGUUGCCCUAUUUAGCUUCCAUAGAGGCCCCAUUUGUUAAUGAGUCAAGAUCAGAAAGAAAUAUUUUAAGGUUGGAAACAGCUAGUGAGAACAUAAGAACAUGAUUAAGGCCUUUACUCAUCACAUGCCCCCACUUCUCUUCUUUCCACAGUUUUCUCACACUGUGAUGAACUGUGACUUCUCAAAUAUUUUUAUUCUCAGAUUCCUCUGGUCUUCUUUCUUGCUCACUCAUAAACUGUCUACCAAAAUAAAAUAUCUAGGAGGAUAUUUCAACUGAUGUUGAAAAGAUGAGAACAGUGAUCACAUCUUUCUUCUGGGAAACUCAAUAAUUCAAUUAGGACAGGCAAUGAAAGAGUGAUGAAAAAACAAGUCACUGCCCUCAAGGAACUUACAAUCUGGUUGAGAUGUUUGAAGUUUUGGUCAAUUUUUGUUUAAUCUUUUUCAGUCAUAUCUGACUCUGUGCUUCCUCUUUUGACUUUUUUGGACAUUACUAAAAUGAUUUGCUAUUUCCUUCUCCAGGUCAUUUUACAGAUGAGGAAACUGAGUCAAAGAGGAUUAAGUGACUUGCUCAGGGUCACAAAACUAGUAAGUGUCUGAGGCUGGAUUUGAACUCAAAUCUUCUGAUACCAGGCUAGUACCACCUGGCUCUCUCUGAGAUAUUUUACUUAAAUGAAAAAAUUAGGGAAUAAUAUGAAACAGUAUAAAAAUCAAUACUAAAUGAUAAAAGCUUUUAGAGAUCAGGAAACUGAAAGUCAUUAUUGUUAGUGUUGAUGUUAGAAGAGGAGAAGGGAAUUAAAAUGAGCCCUGAAGGCUAAUACCAUCUUUUCUUUGUCUAAUCCAUUCCUCAAAUGAUCUAGUUCUAGACUGAAAUACUAGAGACCAGAUGAUGUUACUUGUUGGCUGAAUUAGAUGGAGAUAAAACAAAUAGCUGAGGUGGGGAGAAUGUAGGCCAUGAACCAUAUAUUAUUCAGGAUUGUUUUUUUUUUGGAGCCAUUUUUAAAAAGUUUAAUUGUGAUCUCUUAUUCUUACAGCAGAAUCAUUUUCUUUUAACAACCCUGUUCACCUCAAUCACUAACUAAUUUUCUAACAACAAUGAAAUGAAUUGAAGCAAUGUCGCUGACACAUCACUGUUAUCUGAUGGUGCAUACCAGUAUAUGCCAUUCCAUAGACCUUAUCUCUACUGAGAGAAAUUGGGUGUGUUUCCUUAUCAGUUUUCUCGAACAAUCCCUCAGACAUUUUGUUUGUUACGAUGCAAUAACAUACAUAUAAAUCACAUUUAUAUACUUCUCAGUCAAUAGAUCCUCAUUUGGGUUCCCCUUUCUUGCUAUCACAGAGUGAUGCUAUGAACACAAAUAAGAUCAUGGAUACAAAGGGCUUUGCAAACCUUAAAGGCUAUAUGAAGACAGUUAUUCCAAUAAUUAUUUUUGUUCCAUGCAGUAUCCCAGUGAGCCAUCUUAACAAAGCAAACAGCUAUUAUGAGAGCUGAAGCUCUUCGCCACAACCCCCUCCAAACUUCCUCAUGACCCCAGCUUUAAUACUGACAAAGAAAUAUUUGAUGCACUUAGAUUAAGACUGUAUUUAUGUCUUACUGUCCUUUUGUCAUUCAUAAUCUGAUUAGAGUCAUAUUUGUUCUGUUUCACUAGCAUUUUAUUUAAUCAAAAGGCUAAAUUUUACUUCUUGGUAUUUGUUUUUCAAAGUUUUAAUUUAUUAUUCUAGUAUCAGAGAUACAUGUUUCUCUUUCCUAAAAGGAUAUCAAGAAUUGGUUAGAAAACCCAAUUUCACUGUAUUUAACAACCUAAAAAACUUUCUAAUUUUUAAUGUAUGUAUGUAAUCCAGACAAUUCAUCAUUAGUCAGAUACACAUUUAUUAAGCACCUACUAUGUGCUAGGCAUCGUGCAAAGCACUAAAUAACUCAUGUCCAUGUUCUCCCAUAAAUUCUCCAUAGAAGGUCCACCCAACAGCCCCAAGGGUGCCAGUGGAACAUGUUGAUUUUCCAUCUAUCAGCCUUUGCACUUGCCAUGGCAGUAGACCCAUUUACUUUUCCCUUAUACAUUCUUUAAUGAUACUUUUUUUUUUUAAACCCUUACCUUCCAUUUUGGAGUCAAUACUGUGUAUUGGCUCCAAGGCAAAAGAGUGGUAAGGGCUAGGCAAUGGGGGUCAAGUGACUUGCCCAGGGUCACACAGCUAGGAAGUGGCUGAGGUCAGAUUUGAACCUAGGACCUCCCAUCUCUAGGCCUGGCUCUCAAUCCACUGAGCUACCCAGCUGCCCCCUUUAAUGAUACUUUUUACUCUUGUUCUGUGUCAAAGUAAUUCAUGCAGCCUGUUCAUACCUUUCCAUUUUUGAUACUUUGGAAAUUAUUAUAUUCUGUAUCUAGGGGCAGCUGGGUGGCUCAGUAGAUUUAGAGACAGGAGGUCCUGGGUUCAAAUCUAGCCUCAGACACUUCCCAGCUGUGUGACCCUGAGCAACUCACUUAACUCCCAUUGCCUAGCUCUUAUCACUCUUCUGCCUUGAAGCCAAUACACAGUAUUGACUCCAAGAGAGAAGGCAAAGAUUAAAAAAAUAAUAAUAAAAAAUAUUCAAUGUCUAGUCAGUGGAAUGUUGGCAUUAAAAAGAUGGGUCUUUGUUUCCAUGAGAGACUUGUUACGCCAUUAAAGGAGUUUAGCAAUUUUCUGAAGGCAAUCCAGCCAGAUCAAUUCUAGGAAUAACUUACAUAUUUUAAGGGAAGAAAAGCCUGCCAUUAGAGGAACAGCCUGUAGCUGUGAGCAAAUUAGGUCUGUACUGAUCUUGGGGUGAGAUGAAAAGAAACUCUGGAAAAGCUUCUUCUGGAAUCUUUGCCUAAUCCUCCUACCUUCAAUUUAUACAACCAUCAAUAGCAGAUAUUAAAAAUGGCAUUGAAGGGGCAGUUACGUAGCAAAGUGGAUAAAACACCAGGCCUGGAGUUAGGAGGUUCUGGGUUCAAAUGUAGUCUCAGACACUACCAAGCUACCCCAAUUGCCUAACCUUUGCUGGCUAAAUUAAUGGCACUGAGCUUUGAUUUAAAUCCAUUUGGCAUAGUGAUGCUCUAUUUCUCUUUGAUUUUAUACCUUAAUGAUAACCCCCUAAAGGAAUUGUAUGACAUUUAAAAAAUUAAAGUGAAUUUAUUCUUUUUUUAAACCCUUGCCUUCUGUCUUGGAAUCUAUACUGUGUAUUGGUUCCAAGGCAGAAGAGUGGUAAUAGGAAAUAGAAGUUAAGUGACUUGCCCAGGGUCACAGAGCUGGGAAGUGUCUGAGGCCAGAUUUGAACCAAGGACCUCCUGUCUCUAGACCUGUCUCUCAAUUCAUUGAGCCACCCAGCUAGCUGCCCCCUAAAGUGAAUUUAAGACAAAACAUAUUUGACUUUGAGAAAAUCACUUGGGCUCCCUAUGUUUGUUUCCUCAUCUAUAAAAUCAGAGUUUUAGAUUCCAUGGCUCUAAAUCUAUCAUCUUAUUGAAAAAAAGGUGAAUGUUGGCCUCUCAUAUCCAGAGUUCAGAGUUGAACAUUAUUACCAACUUCCCUUUUUCCUAUAAAACUAACCAGCUCACCUAUAGGGUUGGGACAGUUUCCCCCUCUGCUUUUUCAUUCACUGCUGGCAACAUUUGGUGGUCCUCCAGGGAUUUUAGCCCUGUGUCUUCCAAUUACAGAUAUAGACCUCCCCCUCCCCCCAAUGUAAUAUUGGAGGGCAGCUCAGUGGGUUGAGACCCAGUCCUGGAGAUGGGACAUCCUGGGUCCAAAUGUGACCUCAGUCACUUCCCAGCUGUGUGACCCUGGGCAAGUCACUUAGCCUCCAUUGCCUAGCCCUUACUGCUCAUCGCUUUGGAACCAAAACACAAUAUUGAUUCCAAGACAGAAGGUAAAGGUUUUAAAAAACAAAUGUAAUAUUCAUUCACCAUUCUAUCUGCUUGGCUCCAAACUGAAUUAAAUUUUUUUUAUUAUUGGUUUUGUCAAUUACAUUUACUUCCUACUUUUUUUCCUCUCAAAUAUACUUCUAUUUCUCCUGUGUGUGACAUGAAUAUUUUACAGUCCUGCCUAUUAAAAAAUCCAGGAGAGCUUAGGGUCUGAGACAGACACAAUUGCAUUUUUGUAUGCGUAGGGUGUAGAGAUCGGGACAAAAUAAACUGGUACAUUAAUAUGUGCCUGUCUCAGACCCUAAGCUCUCUGAUAUCAGGAACCAGAUUUACGUGAUUUCCACUGUACCCUGCUAUGUGCAGUUACAUUGUUGGCGAGCCUCGUCCUAGUCCUGGAUGUUUUAAGAGUACAGAAAAAAGCUGGAAGGAGCCUCCGAGGCCACUGACUUCAACCCAAACUGAAUGAGCAAAAUGCCCAUACCUGAUGCUAAUGGCUUCUGAUCCAGUGUGCUCCUGCCAUAGCAGUACUUUCUUCUUGCUUGCUUUUUUGAGUUGAGGUGAAACAGACCCAGCCCCUUUGCACGGCCAGGGCGGCCCGCUGCUGCAGGUAAAGUUAACUCCUGGGCAGGCAGCGCCUCUAAUACUUAUUAUGCUAGCGGUGGUGGUUUUGGUCUUAGGCUGCCGAGUUCCUUUUAUUCUUUUCCCUCUAUCCUUGUAUUGGCGCGUGCCUGUGUUGGAUUAACAAUAAUUGGAGUAAUAACCUAGUUAAUAUUUAUGAUUACAGUUUUGUUCAUUGUUAGCGGGUUAUUGUUUACUGAUGUAGGCUUAGGCGAGAAUUCAAUUCUGAUUACUGACUUUAGCAUUAUGUCUUCUAUAAUUUAAUGGAAUCAUCCAAUAAAACAAUAGGGGUUCUGAUUAUUUUAUGAAACUAAAUUGUGAAUAUAUGUUAGAGCUUUAAUGCUUUCUUCAUUGAUGGCUGCUUUUAGGCCCACAAUGAAAAAUUGGGUUUAGCAUUACCAUUUAUUGACAGUUAUAAUAAAAAAGAUUUAUUACCA